ACAACCAGAGGAGGAGUUGAUGAUGUACGACAAGAGGAAGAGCUGUAACUAUAUCUAAUGAAGACGAAGACGCACAGAAGCAGAAAUGUCUGAUCAGUGUGAUCUGUGUCUGCUGGGACUGAUCAUUCUCUCUUCACUUCUCACAGGCACCAGUGGAUUGGAUCAUGUGUUCAUCGGUUCUGGUGUAGAUGUCCGUCUGUCCUGUAAUAAAACUCUUUCUGGCUGCAAAUCAACUACAUGGAUCUACAGCAGAUUCAGAGAUUCAGGGACAGUUGAACUGAUUAAAUUAGGGGAAAAGAAUGAAGACACAGAGAGACAUGAGAGACUGAGUCUGGAGUCUGACUGCUCUCUGAACAUCAAGAACGUCACAGAAGAAGAUUAUGGAUCUUACACCUGCAGACAAUAUGUGAACGGACGACAUCACGGAACUGAUGUACAUGUUUAUCUGCAUGUUCUUCAUGUUUCAGUUUCUCCAUCAUCAUCAUCAUCAUCUUCAUCCUCACAGACUGAGAUCAGUCCAGGCCGCUCUGUGACUCUCUCCUGUCAGUUGUAUUCAUAUAUUAGAUACUCCUGUAAUGAUUUGGUCAGUUCUGAAGGACUUGAGCUGUUGUGGGUGAAUCAGACUGGUGUUAAUCUGAAGACAGACUCCAGAUAUCAGAUAUCAUCAGAUCAAUAUCGCUGUAUCAUCACUCUGACUACAACACUCCUGAAUGAAGAUAACAACAGAGAGUGGAGAUGUCGGCUUACUCUCAGAAAUCAACUCCAGACCUUAGUCACAUACACUGUCAAGUAUUCAGCUCCAGUUGAUCCAACAACAACAGUGAGUCCUUCUACAAAAGCUCAAGCUGAUACAACAAAACCAGACACAAACUCUCAGGAUCAUUUGACUACAAACACAGUCAUAGGGAUUUCUGUCGCUGCAGUCGCUGUUCUCCUUCUUGCUCUUCUCUGGCUGAUCUACAGAAAAACAGCUGAUAAUAAAAGAGGGACUGGCGACUCUGCGGUCAAAGAUGAGAAUGAACAUAAAGAGACGUAUGAGACGAUCAACAUGUCCAUUCCUCCUGCUGCAAGAGCCGAUGAGCAGACAGAUGAGGUGACUUAUUCUGAGGUCACUUCUUCCAGUACAAAGCCAGCAAAAUCGCUCAGUGAUCAUGAUACCGUGACUUACGCUGCCAUCAGAGGAAGAGAAGAUAAACCGCAGGAUGAACUUUACAAGAACUAGACCAUAAAUAAACAUUAAUGAUUCAGAUCAUGAUCUCAUCAUACGGGAAGUUUUCAUCUCUCUGGUGUUUGGAGGAACUAUCAUCUCGUCUGUAGUCGAUCAGAGCACAGAAUCUCAUCUAUAUCAUCACGGCUACAGUAAAAGAAAAACUUUGCCAUGUUUUCAUACAGACCUUCUGGGGUCUUUCCGUCAGCAGUGGCUUGACUCCCUCCCCUCUUUCUCUCUGUGUUUUGAUUUCCCGCCGUGUGUUGUCUGUUGUUGUUUUGCUUCGGUUCUGUGUCAAGAUUUGGACCUCAUUCGCUCUGUCUUGUUUUGAGGUAAUGGCUUGUUAUUGUGUUUGCUGGCCGUGUGCUUGUGUUUUUUGUCAUUUUUGUUGUGAGCAUGCGUGUUUCCUCAUGCCAUGUGGUCUCCUUUCAAUUGUCUAACCCCUUGUGUCCUGAUUAUUGGUUAAUUUUCCUCACCUGUCCUCCCUCAUUACCUGCUUUGUUUGCUCCCUAUUUAUUUUCCUUGUGUUUGCAGUCCUGGGCUAGUUCGCUGUCGUAUGAGGUUUUCAAGAGCACGAUGUGCGUCUGUAACCAGUUAUGAUUAACUAACAAAUGUUACGUGCUGUUGUGUAGACAAUUAUAAUUGCUAACUAACACAACAUUAAACGUUAACUAUAAUUUAAAUUAAGAAAUGGGCGCAUUGAAAGGUCUUUACGAUUGGUUGUGAAAGCUGCCUGUUCUGCAUCAUAGACAUAUAUAAACUAGACGUCACCUUGGCUACGGCAGUUCAUUGGAACGAAUGCGUCAAUAGAGCCGCCAUCUUGAAACAGACGAGCC